AUGUUCGCAACCAAACGUCUGGGGAAAGAGUUGUCAAAGAUCCACGGUAGUCUGCCACCAGGAAUCACACUCGUUACCGCAGAAGGCUUCCAAGAAUGGCUCCUCGACAUCAGAGUACUCGACGAAAACCCAAUAUACCUGAACCAGACCUACCGUUUAAAAUUCAAGUUCAGCCAGUCAUACCCUAUAGAACCCCCCGAAGUAACCUUCGUCAACACCACCGACCGCCCCAUCCCCAUUCACCCCCAUAUCUACUCAAACGGAAUCAUCUGCCUCGAUCUCCUCGGCACCCAAGGCUGGAGCCCCGUUCAAAACGUCGAGAGCAUAUGCAUGUCCCUGCAAAGCAUGUUAACCGGCAACACCAAGAACGAACGUCCGGAAGGAGAUGCGCAUUUCGUGGCCAGUAAUAGACGACGUCCCAGAGAUAUCGAUUUCUAUUAUCACGAUAACACAGUUUGA